AUGAAUCCCGCAGAAAAUAGCGCACCCGCAGACUCAGAAAAAGCAUCGAAGCGCCGUAAAUCGGCCAUUAUGCAGGAGUCUGAUUUCGAGCUUCUGCAGGCCAUGGUGGACAUCAAGCCUUUCUCCUCCCCCAUUCGAAAGAGAGAAAGUAUGUGGCAGAAAGUUGCGGACAAAAUAUCUAAACCCAACAAAGUCAGAACCAGCAAGUACGGCCGUGACCGAGUGCGAACUUUGUUGGUGGAAUACAGAGCUAAAAAGACUCCUAGUAUUGAUCCGACUGGUGAUGAACAACAGCCUGAGCCGACCGAAUAUCAGUUGCUACUUGAAAGUGUCUCAGCGGCUGAAGAAGAAGGCAAAAACAUGUCAGAUGCUCAGAAAGAAAAAGAGUCUCACAAUGUGGAGUUGAUAGAAAGACUGGAAGACGACGCCAAGAAGAAACUGUCGAAGAAAUCAGCCACUAUGAAGCCCGCCGACGCCAUGAAGAAGAACACCCAGAACUGUACACGGCCAGCGGGACUCCUGUCAAAAAAUGGAUGAAGCGUGUAGUUCAUUCGCCUUGGAAAUUCGCAGGAUCGGGAUCCGCAAGAAAAAAUCGGGACAACUUACUCCAGGAGAAAUUUCGAUCGGAUGCAGAA